AUGGAUGGGUUCGGCUCGGCCGAGAGGCCGUACGGUUAUGGCGGCGACCGGAGGAUGGAGAUAGUGAGCGGCAAAAGCGCUGGCCGGCCCCCUCAUUACCCGCUCGAUCCGCCCCCCGGUCCGACCCGGGCUACUUGGCCUGGCCAGGGCUCGGGCGUUGCGGCGGCGGCGGCGGCCAAGCCGUGGGGGUUCACGGACCCGGAGAUGAAGAGGAAGAAGAGGAUCGCGAGGUACAAGGCGUAUGGCGUGGAAGGGAGGCUGAAGGCGUCGCUGAGGAGAGGGAUCAGGUGGAUCAAGGACAAGUGCUCCCAGAUCGUGCACGGUUACUGA